AUGCUUCGAAUGAAAUUUGGAAAUACAAAGUUAAAUUUGAAAAGAUAUAUCAGUUUUGAUUCUUUAAGAAAUAGAAGUAGCUUAAAAGAUGUAGAUGAUGAAAAUUUUAAUGUUAUGUUGUCAUACAAAAACAAUAAUAACAUAAAUUUGUCAGUAAUUAAUAAUAUUCUCCCUGUAUAUUUGAAAGAAUGCUUAGUUAAUGAUUUAAAUAAAACCAUCCAAUGUAAUAAAACUGUUUUUGAAAUGUUGGAAAGAAGAGCACUAAAUGCUUUUAAUUUAGAAAAAAAAUAUUGGGGGUGUUUUAUUAAUAGUAAUAGUAAUUAUGUAAAUUCAAACAAUGAUUAUUUUCUUUUAAAUCUAUAUAGCAAUUUGCUAAAUUAUAGAAAUAAAAUUAUGCAUAUUAGUUUUUCAUUAGAAAAAAAAAAAGAUAAAAACAAUCGGAAAUGCUUAUUAGAUGCCAUUUAUAAUACAAUUAAAAUAGAAAAUGAAAGUAACAUAAAUUAUAUGCAAAUAAAAAAUAUGUAUGAAAUUUUUAUCCCAGAUAUAAUAUAUAUAGAUGAAACAAAUAAUCCCUAUAAUUUUGAAUACGAAUUUUUAAAAAAUUUGAAAGAUAUAAAUAAUUGUAUUGUAAUAGUAAACAUAAGUAAUAAAGCAAAUUUAAUUUCUCAUAAUUUAAUUUCUUCUCCUUUUGAAUAUUCUGAUAUUGUAUUUUCUUAUUUCAAUGAAAAUUUUCGUGCAUGUAAUAGCCAAGUAAUAUUUUAUAAGAAAGGAUUUAGGAGUUUUGAUAAUGAAGGAAAAUUAAUAUCAUAUGAUUUUGAAGAAAAAUUAAAAAAUAUAUUUUUUGAAAAUAAUUUAAAUAAUAUAAUUUUUUCUUUAGCUACUUCGUUUAAAUUAAUGAAAACUAAUGAAUUCAAAGAAUAUGCAAAGCAAACACAGAAAAAUACAUCUACUUUAUUUAAAUAUAUUAAUAAAGAGUAUUUUAAUGUUCAUUAUUCUGGUAAUAAUAGCUUCUUAAAUUUAAAUUCUUCUAAUUAUUCUUUCAAUAUACAAGAAUUUUAUGCUUUAUGCACAAAACUAAAUAUAUAUUUUGAUGUUUUAAAACCAACUAAAUUUAUUCAAAAAUCUUUUAAUAUAGGAUCAAACUAUUUAACUAGCUUAGGUUUAUUAGAUAAUGAUAUGAAAAUAGUAGCAGAUUUUAUUAAUCAAUCUGCUUCUUUAUAUUUUUAUAUAAAACAAAAAGAAAAUUUGUCAAAUGAAAAGUUUAUAAAUUAUAUAAACAAUCCCACAUCAUCUGAUAUUUUGUCUCUUGCUAAUGAUAUUUUUUGUUUUAUUUCUUCUUUUCCAUCUAUUCAUAGCUGCUAA